CAUUGCUCACCGGAAAUAUAAGGACCCCAGCUUCCUCUAAGCUUGUGGUCAAUGCUUGAAACAUAUCUAACAUUACUGAGCUAAUGUGUUCAACCUUGUAGUCGACUCUUCCAAACCUGAAAAGAAACCCACAUCAAUGUCAGCAGCCAUGGAUUCACAAGCUGCAACUGCAGCCCCAGUCAUUUGUGAGGUGUGCGGAACGAUCUUUGAGACACGACGAGGGCUCUCCAGCCACGCCCGCCUCCACCUACGGCAGCUUGGUGUGACGUUGUCAGAAAGCAGCGGUGCUCCCAUCGAACUGCUCUACCAGCUCAUGCAGGAGAAGGGUGACUCCAUCAGUGAUUUCAAAGCCUCGUCUGUGUGUCGGCCGACCACGGCCAAAAAAGCAUCUCAGCAGGAGUCCGGGAAAACCUCAGCACCAGAGGAGAGGAUUGUCUCCGGCAGAGCGGGGAGUGCGGUCGUUACAACAUCAGAUAAGAUGGAUCAUCAGGGAUCUCCGGCCCGACUGAAAGAGUCAACGGCCUCCCUCAACCCCUCUGGUCCUGGGUCGGUUGAGUCGAGGACAAGUGAAGGCAGCAGCUCAUUGUCACAGCGCCAAACCAAAACUAAACCGCUGUGGGCGCCACUGGAAACUGACGCCCCCAUCUCCUUAGCGUCGGACACCAAAAAUGAGGUCCAUGUGUGUCAGCUCUGUGGCUGCUGGUAUGGGACGCGUAAAGGCCUGUCCAGCCAUGCGCGGGCACAUCUGCGCCAGAUUGGAAUCCCCGACAGCGACAUCAAGGGCAGCCCGAUUCAAUUGCUUUACCAAAUCAUGGAAGAGGAGGACCUCAAGCCCAUCGGCAACGAGCAGCAGAAGCGAGCGGGCACCUCCAACAAUGCCUCUAAAUCCGCCUCUAAGCGGCCCUUCAAUCGAUCCUCUGCUGCCGCGUCAGCACCCAGCAAACGGCCUAAACCGGCAGAGGACUUCACCUGCAUUCUGUGCAGGGAGAAGUUUGAGAACCGUAAAGGCCUGGCCAUUCACGCGCGCGCUCACCUGCGUCAGAUUGGAGUGGCUGACCUGCUGGGGAAAAGCUCUGCAAUUGAAGCCGUCCAAGAACUGGUCAGCAGUGGCAUGCUGGAAGCCAUAGAGCCUACCAAAAUGAACAGUGCAACCAGCUCGUCCGCAGCCACGGCUCUCUCCUCAAGCCCCGCGAAGUACGCCCGGUCUCCUUUCAACAAGGCCCCAAAGGCUAAGAAAGGCUUCCGGCUGGCUGUUGACCCCCUCCUUAGGAAGCCUAAGCCCGAGCCUGUGGAGGUUGAAGUGUUUGUUCAACCCCAGGGAUCCGCCGCUACCAGCAACUCUCCCACGCAGAACUCCCCCGCUGCUUCAAAGCCUCUGAAUGCAGAUUCUGCAGAUGGACAAUCCCCGCCCACAGUCCUUUGCAAUUUCUGUGGCCAGCUGUUUGAGACCCGCAAAGCCCUGUCAUGCCACGCCCGCGCCCAUCUGCGCCAGCUCGGCCUUACCUGGUCGAUCAGAACGUCCCCGAUUGAUCUCCUCAAAGAGGUCAUGAUACGCGGUGAUGAAGGCAAGGAAGUGUCCGUGCCCACCAGGUCAUCAGGCAAAGCCUCGUGGACCCAGCAAGGUUCCAGAAGGUCCCACGACAGCCUCCGGCCGGGAGAGCCGUCCGCCAGCCCCUCCACGGCACCUCUGGAUUAUUCCAUGAAGGAGAAACCCUCAUCCGGAAAGAGCGCGGCCUCGCACACCGACGCGUCCUGCGAGCUUUGUGGCUUCGACUUUGAGAACCGCAAGGCCCUGGCCAGCCACGCCCGGGCGCACCUCCGCCAGCUGGGGAUCAUCGAAUGGAAGGCAGACGGGGCGAGCUCGCCCAUCGAGCUGCUCAGUGAGUUGAUCCGCAGGGACCCGGCCAAGGUGGCAGCGAUAACCCAGCGCUAUCGCAUGGGAGACCUGUACAUCAAGAAGGUGGGCUGUGCUCCGAAAUACGCUUCGAAGGGUUCCAGUUCACAUCAGGAUACGUACGAGCAAUGCUGCGUCACCUCUCAUGAUGCCUUCAUUUUGCUUCAGUCCCAGAGAGGUGCCGCCUCGCCGUCUUUGUCCACAGACUCUGACUCUGUCGCCGGCGGCAGCUCGAAGCCUUCGGGGGCCAGCGAGAACCCGGGCGUGAAUGCGGGUCCCUCCAGACACUCAAACAGCCACGCACAGACUUUCGCAGCACACGGCGACCCCGGCGUGCGCUUCCCAAGGGGGGUCCACCCUCCCAAACGCGUACCAGCAAGAGAAGAAAAUCAGGACGGCAGUUCCCAGCAGCCCACGCGGUCAGGCAGCAUCCCCGCUAUGCUGCCAAAGCCCCCACUUACACCUCUGGUCAAACUGGUGGGCAAAGUCUACUCCCUCAAGUGCAGGUUCUGUGAGGAAGUGUUUCAUGGACCACUGUCGGUUCAAGGGCGAUGGAUCACACACCUGCAGAAACACAUCCUGUCGCUGGGCUACAAAGGCAAAGCCUCUCCUCCGGCUGCCCCGGUGGCAGCUCCAGCACUCGCCCAUCCUGUCGCUGUGUAGUCACAACAAAGUCUGUCUGUAGUUCACAUUAAACACCGUCGUCGUUUUUACAUGUCAAUGCAUAGUCGAGAAAAAAUCUUUACGUCUACUUUGAGGUAAAAUACUGUCAGUAAAAAGUGCAAAUGUGUCACUGUGUUUGUCCUGGAGAGGGCGAGGAUGAGCCGCAUGAGGGAAGCAGUGAAUCCUUUCAGGUAAAAUCCACUGAAUACAAUAGAUUACAAUACAGGUCACUGGAUGUCUUGGGGUUAAUAUUGAAAGCCGGUUCAUCCCUCAUUUUUAUAUCCACUGCUUUCCUUCUCCUGCUCACACUUGCCACCAUUUGUAUAGAUGUUGUAAAUGUGUUUGAAUCAUAUAUAUUCAAUAUUUGUCAUUAUUUAAUGUCGGACACUGAAAAACGAUCCGGGUCAGUUCUCUUUCUCUUUGUUCUACUGAGUGGACGGGUGUGUUUGUCCAUCGACUUCAUCUCCUUCAUCAGCUUCUUGUUCUAUGAAUUCAUUUUUCUAAGGGGUUUUACCAUAAAUCUGGAUCGAUUGUCCCUUUUUCGUAAAUGGAAAUGCUUUUGA